ACAUUAAAACCUCAUUUCUCGCAGUACAAUCGAAGAGUGCGGACGUGUGUGUGGAUACCGGUCGCGGUUAGAUUUUUCGUUCGUGCGUCCCAACGGAAACGAACGUGCGCGGUGUGCGACUAGUUGCUUUUCGUUUGCUACUUAUAUUGAAUUAAAGUUAGUUCAUUAAACCUCUCGUUUUCAAGUCAAUAAAAGUAAAAAAAAAAUACUUUACACGCACCUGAUUUAUUUACAUUUUGUGUUGUUGUUCCGCGCGCACGCAUUGCUCACAAAGAAUCCGUUUCGGGAAAUCGAACCAACGCCAGUACAAACUUACUCUUUCUCGCAAAAUAGAAGAGGGCAAAGAAAGUCUGUUCGAAAUUAAUAGCAACGGGGCAUACACGGUUUACACAUGCGGUCGUAAAGUGAACAGUAAAGCCAAACCGCAAACGCCGUGCAGUUGGGGUGGCCAAUUUCAUUGAAAUCGUGAAGCAAUCGAAAAUCCCAUUCCGAGCCGCAGCAAGUGCGCGAAAGAAACAGGAAACGGCACGUGAAAGAGUUGACCGACGCAUACCCUUCACCCCCUUUCCCUCCUUGAUUAUAAAUCGUUCUCUCGCUAGACAUACCGAGAUCCGCCUACCCCCUAGCAUUUUCCCGUCCGCGGAAAAGGAAUCACUGAGAGAGAGCAGCAUCGAACGAGAGAGUGUGUGUGUGUGUUCGCGUUCAUCGGAGAAAAUAUUUGCAAGGUGUAUACAUACACCGUCGCGAUGGUAGAAAACAAAGUUUGAGCGAACAAACACACAAAGAAACGAACGCGGCGUCACCGGGGUAGAGUGUGUGUGUUUUAUCAUUUUCGUAUUCCGUGGUGUUUUUGGUUACUUCUAAUCGAUCAGCAAGAUAAAGCCCGCGAGAUACCGCACCAACCUCUUUCCGGACAUCGGCCUGCUGAAAUCAAACACGUGUGCGUUCGACCAAGGUGUAGCGCUGCAUCCGCGUGUAUCAACAAUCGCAGUAUGUGUGUGUAGGUUAGUGCGCGAGUUUAACUGUGUGUGUUGGUGAGGUACAAAAGGUACAUUGCCAGCCGCAACCGUCUGGUAGCGCAAAGCACAGCAACAUUAGUAAGGUGAAAAGUGUUCGUGCGCCACCGACCACCACCGCCGGUGUGUCUUUCAAAUGCCGCUGCGAUAACAACCCCCAGCGCAUGUGGACGCGGUACCGUUGAGCCGGGGAUGACGGUAGUAGAGCCCUUUGCCGGGGACCGUUCGUGCCGUGGUUAGAUGCCAUCCGUUCUGGCCGGUGCCAAAGAAAGGCAGGAAAAAAGGCCGUAACGCCGAUAGCGGCAGCAGAAAAGCCACCAUUAUUAUUUCCCCAGCACGACAACACCUUGGCUUUUGUGAUCGUCCGCACUCCAACAUCCCGCGUCACGGUAUUCGGACACGGAAGCUAAUAAGCGGCGUGCUGCUCUGUCAACGGUGUUGUUCCUCUUUUGGAAGGGAAGAAGGUCAGGUCUCUUUACCCCCCUUUUUUUUGCUUUGCUGCACCAGAACACCGGGUCAUAAUACACGUGUCUCAUCGUCAUCAUCAUAGCGCGCCCAAGUACAGGAACGGAAAUGCGGUUUUUCAUGUGAUAUAUGACAGCAGCGAUCAAGGUACCGGAACCAUCCACAGGAACGUGUCGCAGAUUGUAGUGCUUCCCGGAAGAAAGGGAAAGAGAGUGGAUAACCGCGGUCUGAGCAGGCGUGAAGCGUGAAGUGAGCGCAAAUUCGGUUGCCAGGGUUGCCCGUUGUGGUUACACGUGGAAGCUGUGGUGAAAAUAGUGAUAAUUCUUUGUUCAGGUAUUAAAGUGAUACUUCAAGCGCUUUGUUGCUGCUGCCGUGUCUUGAUGGUUCCACUGUGAAGCCCACAAGUGUGUCGCUACGGUUCGGUGUUUAGUGUGAGUCACAGAGUGGUCAGUUGUUCGAUUUACGCGCGUUUCGAUUGACGUCCCUUUAACGUCCAGUAGUGGUGCUGCUUCACCAACCACCAUGGCAAGCCAACGACGGACGAUGCAGAAGCUGGCGAAGGGUGCCGGUGUGGUGCCGGUCAACUUGUUGCUUUUGGUGUCGGUGUGUCUCAUCGGUGCCUUAUCGGGAGCCGGUAUGGUCAGUGCCAGUGCCAUUCCGGCGGCAUCCUUUCCGUCGAACGGGAACGGAAUUGCCAACAGUGCCUCGGCCGAUGUCGGCGGUCAUCAUCGCCGCCCGUCCUGCGUAGCUGUGCACCCGCUGCUGAAGCAGCGCGGCGUCGAUCCCAUCGACAUGCCCAUUGAUCCCAUUCCAGAUCUAAACCUCCGACACUGCGAGGUGCCACCGGGCGGUGGAACCUGCUGCACGCAGAUGACCGAGCACAAGCUCGCCCUGCACACUAAAACGAUGGUUGAGCGCAACAUCAAAGACAACAUCUCCAAGCUCUCGUCCGUGCUCGGCACCCGGGCUCAGCGUUUCAACGAAUUCUUCGAAGAGCUACUCGUUCAAUCCAAGCACGGGUUCCACGCCAUGUUCAAGCGCACGUACGGCACAAUCUACGAGCAAAAUUCGUACGUCUUCGCUGAUCUGUUUGCUGAGCUGGAGCGCUACUAUGCCCACGGCAAGGUGGACCUGUCCGAAACGAUGGAUCACUUCUUUAACAUACUCUUCCAGAAGAUGUUUACCGUGUUGAACGCACAGUACACGUUCGAUAACAAAUAUCUUGGCUGCGUUAGUGAGCACAUGAAGGAGCUAAAGCCGUUCGGAGACGUGCCCGACAUGCUGUCGCUACAGAUCAAGCGUUCGUUCAUCGCGACCCGCAAGUACGCGCAGGCGCUCGCAUCCGCAGCCGAGGCGGCUCGCAACAUGAUCAAUGUGCGUCUGUCGGCCGAAUGUACGGCAGCCCUGACCAGGAUGAGCACGUGCAAUGUGUGCGCCGGGCAGACCAAGAAACCGUGCGAAUCGUACUGCGUAAACGUGAUGAAGGGGUGCUUCCCGAGCUACGAAGAGAUCGGCACGGAAUGGGACACGUUCGUGAGCAAGAUGGAGCGCAUCGCGGAGCGGCUGCUCGGUCCGUUCAACAUCGUCAUGGUGGUACAGCCGAUCGAUGUCAAGAUCUCGGAAGCGAUCAUGAACUUCCAGGAAAACGGUAAGGAUAUUUCCGACCGCAUCUUCCAGGGCUGUGGGCAACCGGCACUGGGACGCAUGCGUCGCUCCGCCAGCAAACAAGUGGCGGACAGCUUUUCAACGAACGGGUUCGAAUCCCAGCCACGCUUAAUUACAACGAUGGGCCAACAGCAAUUGCCGCUAGUGGAGGGUAUCGGCCGGCGGGCGAUUGCACUGCCAGCCCCCGAUUCGACCGAGUCGGCCGAUUCGCAGUUUACGUUCGAAGGCGAAGAGCAAGACGAGGACACUGCAGCGGACGCAUCGGACAAGCGUAUCAGCAAGCGAGCCGCCGGCACUAAUGCAGAUGGUGGUGAUUCGACCAGCCGCGAACUGAAGUACGAACCGCUGCAGUUCUCAGACGGCGACGUACAGUUCACCAACAGCAACGGCCCACCGGUUAGUGGAUCGACCGGCAACAGUGCCGGCAGCGGUGACGGCAGUGCUGCUGGGGCACGGGCAAAUCGGCGCAAGCAAAAGGGCGGUCGGAAGCAGGCGAGCGAGCAGGACGAGCAGGACAUUCAGGAACCGAUGAUCGAUCGUAUGGUGCGGGACAUCCGCCAGAAGGUGAGCAACUCGAGGCGAUUCUGGACCCAGCUGCCCUACAUGCUGUGCAACAAUGAGGAGGUUGCCGAACCGCCCGCGAACGAUGCCAGCUGCUGGAACGGAACCACGGUUGAUCGCUACCAGCCUAAUAUUAUUUUGGGCGAAACGGACACCAAUCCGGAGUUCCCGAACAGGGUGUUCCAAGGGCGCCAGAGUACGAUCGUGCAGCAGCAGCUGUUCAUCCUGCGCACAGCCAUCAGCCACCUCAGCCAUGCGUACGUCGGCCACGCUGUAGAGUGGACCGAUCAAGAGGAUGGCUACUAUGGUAGCGGGUCCGGUCAGGGCAGCGGUAUCGAUUAUGAAGAAACGGCCGGAUCCGGCAUGGGUCUGUGGGAGAUCGAUGUGCGGAACGAGCGGCGACCGGGAGCGGACGACGUGUUCGUGCCACCCAAAAUCAGCUUCGACAGUCCGCGCGGUCCCAGCGGUGGCAUCUCCGAAAUCGGCCACGGCCCAACCACCAACGAUCUCGACUACACGGCAUCGGCCGGCGUGCCGAGCGUUGCCGGCAGUGGGGACGCUGCGGGUAGUGGUGGAGCCGGCGGCACUAGCACCGCCGGAAGCUCGCACACCACGCCGGUGCUGUCGAUCGAGCGCGCCCUACUCCAAUUCUUCCUGCCCAUCGUAAUGGCGUGGUUUGGUGGGCUGUUUGCCGAAUUGCUGUGAUUUGUUUCUAAACACUCUCGAACCCCGUGGUGCAACUACUACUUCUGGGAAGCUGUGAAAAGGGGCGCGCGUGCGCGUGGACUCGUCUCGGGCCCAUUUUCAUUUUUCCAUCCUAGGCAUCCCUGCAUUCUGCUGGGGAUGAUCGUAUACAUUCGGAUGUGAUUUUUUCUUUCUUUCUAUGAAAUUGGCUCGGAAUGGCUCCCCCAUUGUGUACAUUAUGCGCAGUUGUACAUGAAUGCGUCUGCUAGUUGUAUUUAUUUUAUUACCUUUUGCGAGCGCCGUAAGCAAGGAUUUUAAGUUAGCAGUUUUGCUAGAAACACUUCAAUCGAACGCGCUACUUAGCAGUUGUUUUUUUUUAAGUUUCUCCUCAUACCAUUCAACGAAGCGCACAUGCGAAGAGGGGGGCAUUCGAAAAUUGCGAACCAGAUCUGACUAACACAUAGUUACACAGAUGUAUUUGGUCGGAAUUCUGGCGUCCCUUAGCAAGCACCAUUCCACCAACUUCGGCCCCGUGUUGCAAAGCAACAGAACGUACCAGAUGGGCAGCUGUGUGGUAUGUCAAUUUCAAUACCGCGCACGAAUGCAUUUUUUUUUUUAAUAGAAGCUAAUUUUGUUUACAUAUAUUGAACAACAUUAGCAUUAAUGAAACAGAAGAAAAAAAAACAUUAAUGUGUCGGUCAGAUUCCAUUCUUUCCAACUUUGCAUUUACUGACCAUGAGAUUGAAAUUGAUUAGAUUUUGACAAGACAAAGCCCAGAACAAACCACUUCCCAGAAAUCAGGAGACUUCCAAUCCCUGCCGGCAAAUAUCGAACCGAACCGGCAACAGCCGAAAUCGAUUUCAUUACUAAUAUGCGUUUAGGCCUUAUACAUUUUCCCAUCUCUAGUCAAAUUGAAUAGUUUAAAUGUUCCCCGCGAGAUGCUGUUUGCCGGUUUGUGUCGCCCUGCGCCAGCGCUCCUGGUUUCCUGGGUGGUGGUGGGAAUGUUCGAAUCAAGCGGUACCGAACGGUUCUCCUUUUGCGCGGUUCCCUGAACUGAUUGGUUUUAGUGUGCACAUUUACGCCUGCUUUCUGCUUGCUUACUGACGCUUCAUUGUGAUUAGUUAAUAUCAAAUUACUGUGUUUUUUUUAAUCUAUGUACAUACGUAUCAUUAGAUGUACUAAAGUAUAAGUAGGUGAUAAAACCGUAGAUAGGACUGAGUAAGAAAUAACGGCAAACAAAUACAUAAACAAAAUAUCAUCUAACUAUUAGACACCAGGAGAAGGGCGCAAAUGGCAUUGGCAGAUUGGUAAAUGCCAAACAAACGCAAUAACAAAAAAGUGGAACACUCCCAGCCCCAAAACGAUAUCGAAUAAUAUACACCAUCAGCUGCGAUCGACGGGCAAACGGUGAAAAAUUUGGCAAACGAAAUAUUUAUCAAUUAUGUUAUUUUAUGCUAUUUUAUUGUAACGGAUUAACACGUGCGCUGUACUGUUUUAUCAUUUAAAAAAAAAGUUGCACAAGCAAUGCUACAGUUUUCGUUCGCACAUUCGGUCCGUUUUGUAGAAAAUGUAAAAAGUAACCGAUCAGAACCGAGAAGAGCACAUGUUGAUACAGUAUCGACCUCAAUGCUGAUAAGUGAUUAGCUGUGAUUCCUUUUUGCCGGACCCGGAAUGCAGUUUGCUUAAGAUGGCCAGUGUCCCAUAGCAUCCAGCAGUAGUCUGCCAACCUUUCACAUUAUCGAUGUUGUCCAGCUCAAGAAGAACCGAACCAGGAGGGCAGGUGGAAGAGUAUUAAAAACAAUAGGAAAACAAAUAUUUCUUUUUUAACAACAGCAACAAAAUUAAUUGGCAAAAAAGCAUCCACGCAUAGGUCGGCGCUUAGGAUCAGGAACGAUGAGCCAAGUGAAAUAGUAAUUGUAAAUAGAAUUACAGUAAUAUAUACUUAUGCAUAUAGCGAUAUACAUGCUCCAGCAACUCACUGCGGAGGGAUAUAGACUCCACUAGAUGUAUCUGAACAGCAAUCGGUUUAGCACCCAGCCCGAGCACUCAUGUAAGUUCUAAAUCGAUAUAAAUGGGAUAAAUAUUGAGCAAAACCCAAGCAAAUAGUGUGUGCGUACUGCUGUUAGCACCGUAGACUGUCCGACCGAAAAAAAGCCUUUCCAAGAGUAUACUAGUUGUGUAAAGCGUGGUGUUGUGAGGCAUAAUGUCGAUGGCACACAAGAUACAAUCCCUAUGUAAUGGAUGAUGCGAAUGCGAAUACUAAACAUUACGAAAUAAGUUUUCUCCCCCCC